UCCUCCCCUUCCUUCUUCUCUUGCCUGUCGUUUCUUCCUGGCAUCGAGAGAACGUCAAGCUAAAGAAACCCCCCCAAAAGCUAAAAAACAUAAAAGAAAAAAGAAAAAAAAAAGGGGGGAAGGAAACCACCCCUCCAAAUUACAAUUCAUCCACCCCACCUGUCACUCUCUUCUUCCUCUUCUUUUUCUUAGUUCUUAGCCUCUCCGUCUUUGUAACAUGCGCCUUAUUUAUUAGUAGUAGUAGUUUUAAGUCACCCAAUAAUCCCAUACCCAAAAGCCAAUUUUUUCCCCCUUCCCAUCAAGCAACAAUAACCCUGUUUCAACAAUCCAUUUUUAUAAAUUAUGUCCGUUUCCUUGGACAUUUUCUCUGCUAAAUCUUGCGGAUUCUGAGCAAUCUGGGAAAGGCCCUUUUGUUCACUGUUUCAGUGAAGAAGGGGUUUUUGUAAUAAAGGUUUGGGCAACUCUUCAUGGAAGGGGAAACAUCAUGGGUCAGUCACGGCCUCAACAACGUCCACCGAGGAUUCGAGUUUGAUGCAUUUUUUGAGGUCGCUGAUGAAGGCAAUAGGGAAGCAGCUUCUGUUUCUCUGGACCUGAUACUCCCCGAUGAUCUGUUAGAACGAAUAUUGUCCAACCUACCAAUUGCUAGCAUUUUCAGGGCAGGGUCCGUGUGUAGAAGGUGGCACGAGAUUGUAAGUUCAAGAAGGUUUAUAUGGAACUUGUCACACGUCCUGACACAAAAGCCUUGGUAUUUCAUGUUUACAAGCUCUGAUGAACCUGUUGGGUAUGCUUUUGAUCCUAUUCUUCGCAAGUGGUAUGGCAUUGAACUCCCAUACAUUGAGACAUCCAAUUGGUUUAUUGCUUCAUCAUGUGGCUUGGUUUGCUUCAUGGACAACGACAGUAGAAGUCAGUUAUAUGUUUGCAACCCUAUUAUGAAGGAAUGCAAGAAGCUUUUAGAGCCCCCAGGGCUGAAAUUCUCUGAUUAUAGUGCACUGGCUAUUUCUGUAAACCGGGUUUCUCACAAUUACAGUGUUUCGAUUGUCAAAUCCAAACAAGUGCCGGGAAACUUCUUCCAGUGGGAUCUCUCAGUCCACAUCUAUGAUUCAGAGACAAUGAUGUGGGCUACCCCAUUGACAGAGGUUUUGACUGGUUGGAGAGGUGGUGAUGAGAGUAUAAUUUGUGAUGGGAUUCUGUACUUCUUGAUAUACUCUACUGGGGGUGGUGCUUCUGAAAGUCGUCAUGGCUUAAUCACCUAUAACCUCUGUAGCCGAUCGUCUCAUGGUUUGUUAAUGAGGAGUUUCAUCCCAGCUCCAUGUUCUCUUACGUGUGGACGCCUCAUGAACAUUAAGGAAAAGUUGAUAAUGGUGGGUGGAAUCGGGAAACAAGAUCGAUCUGAUAUUAUUAAAGGGAUUGGAAUUUGGGCUCUUGAGGGAAAGGGUUGGCAUGAAAUUGCGCGUAUGCCACACAAGUUCUUUCAAGGUUUUGGUGAGUUUGAUGAUGUUUUUGCCAGCAGUGGUACGGAUGACCUCAUAUAUAUCCAGAGUUAUGGAGCCCCUGCUCUUCUUGUCUUUGAUGUGAACCAGAAACAAUGGAGAUGGGCACAGAAAUGCCCUGUGACGAAAAGGUUUCCGCUCCAGCUCUUUACUGGUUUUUGUUUUGAACCAAGGCUUGAAAUUGUGCCCUGAUUUUGUUAUCCUGAUAGGAAUUGCCUAGCUUCAAGGGCAAUCUUUUGUUCAUGUGCCAUUUAUAUUGGUUUUCCCUACUUUUUUUUGUUUCAAUCUAUGGGCAUUUCUCUAAAUUCUGCAGAUCUCUGUAUGCAGAAAUGUUUAUAGAUGCACGAGCGAGAGAGGCUGUUCACUGAAAUGGAAUUAUCCUUAUUCUUUA